AUGGAUCAAUUAGAAUCGCCACUUCUCGACCUUCAAAAUAUAUCUUGCACCUUGGAGCAAGGGCAAUCCUUGUUUCACGAUGUAAACCUAACCCUGAACGAAGGCGAUAUUCUCGUCUUGCAGGGAAGAAGCGGUUCAGGAAAGUCAACGCUACUCAAAUGCAUUGCUCAUCUCGUUCUCCACUCUGGCAGAACCUUAUACCGCGGAAAGACUCCCCAAGAGCAAGGCAUACCUCAUUACAGGACUCGGGUCAUGUAUGUCCCUCAAAGGCCUUCUCUUUUACCAGGAACACCAACAAAUUUCAUACACUCCAUCUUAUCCUUGGGAACCCAUCGGGCCCUUGCACGAAAUAACGCCGAAGCUGAGGUGAUAAGGCGCAGUUCCGAGCUAGCGCAAGGGUGGGGUUUGGAUCCAAAUCUAUGGCAACGAGAGUGGUCUAAUCUUAGUGGGGGCGAAGCACAAAGGAUGCUACUUGUGAUAGCUCUGUCACUCAAUGCAGCCGAGAUUCUCCUAUUGGACGAACCAACCUCUGCGUUGGACCCAGAAACAUCGCGUUUAGUAGAAAAGGCUCUGACGGACGAGAUUGCUUCAAGGGGGACGUUGAAAGCGUUGGUGUGGAUCACACAUUCGGCUGAGCAGGGUAAAAGAGUUGGUACACGGUUCAUCCAGCUCGCUGCCAGUGGAUGCUGCGAGGAAGCGAGUUUAGUAUAAUUUAUAUGAGGAUAGACUCGGAAAGGCAGUGGAGAAAAUGGCGGAAGACAUU